UUUCCUGUAAUGGCGGACCAGGCGGAGAGCGAGACGAUCGGGUUCAACGACAACAGGAUGGUGCAGCAGGCGGUGCGGUUCCGCAGCCCUGCUCCUGCUCCCGCCCCCGUACCUGCCCAGUCCCCGGUGUUACGGGGCCCUCCACCACUACUCCGGCCUCCGCCACCUCCCUUUGGGAUGUUGAGGGGACCUCCGCCGCGACCUCCGUUUGCACGUCCACCCUUUGACCCCAACAUGCCGCCCAUCCCACCGCCAGGAAGCAUGCCACCACCUAUUGGACCUCCUCACCUACAGAGACCUCCGUUCCUUCCUCCUCCCAUUGGUAAUCUGCCACCUCCUCCAGGAAUGUUGUUUCCUCCAGGGAUGCCUCCUGUUCCUGCAUCUGGAGGCCCUGCACUCACCCCUACAGAGGAGAUCUGGGUGGAAAACAAAACGCCAGAAGGAAAGGCAUAUUACUAUAACGCACGCACCAGAGAGUCAUCAUGGAGUAAACCAGAAGGUUUGAAAAUCAUCCAGCAGUCUGAACUCAACCCGCUGCUUGUAGCGGGAGCUGGCGCCGCAGGUCCAGGCACAAAUGUCGGGGUGACUACAGUUUCCAGCUCAAGCAGUGGCAACACUACAAUCAGCACAGCAGCAACAGCAUCUCCCACUCAGGCCCCAUCGUCCACUCCGUCACGUACUCUCACCUCCAGCCCAGACUCCAUCACCACUGCCUCCCCCUCUGUGACCAUUUCAGCCACAGUUGUAGCAGACCUCAGCCCUGUUGUCACAGUGACCUCCGCCGUUUCUGUGUCACCAGUCACUGUAGUGACUGUUUCCACUGUACCUUCACCUGUUACAGCAGUGCAAACAAUGCCACUGCUGCCGGCAGCCCUGCCUCACAGCGUGGCCCAGCCCACUGCAACCAUACCUGCCUUCCCCCCGGUGAUGGUGCCACCUUUCAGGGUGCCUUUGCCAGGCAUGCACAUCCCUCUGCCAGGUGUAGCAAUGAUGCAGAUAGUAGGUGCACCCUGUGUAAAGGCAGGCCCCAGCGCUAACGGCAUGCUUCCAGGCAUGGGCCCACCCUUAGUUUCCAUGAUGCACCCCCAGUUGGCACUUACAGCAGCUCCUGCCUCCUUAGCUGGAUCAUUGCAGGUUCCUGAGUGGUCAGAAUAUAAAACAGCUGAUGGGAAAACGUACUACUACAACAACCGGACAUUGGAGAGUACCUGGGAGAAGCCACAUGCUGUUUUAGAGAAAGAAAAAGAAGCGGAAAGGAUAAAAGAACGUCUGGCCCAGGAGGAAGCUGAGGCGAUGGAGAUGGAGGAUGAAGAGAACAAAGCAGAAAACCUUCGUAACGAAAAGGAGGAGCCUAAAGAAGAAGAGAUGUCAGAGGAGGAAAAGGCUGCUCAGAAAGCCCGGCCCGUAGCCACCAACCCAAUCCCUGGCACACCUUGGUGUGUGGUGUGGACAGGUGAUGAUCGGGUGUUCUUCUACAACCCAACAACACGGCUGUCCAUGUGGGAUCGUCCUGAGGAGCUGAUUGGUAGAGCCGAUGUGGACAAACACAUCCAGGAGCCGCCGCACAAGAGAGGUCUGGAGGACAGCAAGAAGACAGGUGCCAACAAAGAGGAGCCAGAGUCAUCUAUUGCUACUGAAGAGAACCAGGAAGAGGAGCCAACCAAAGCCAAAAAGAGAAAGAAGGAGGACACGAAGGAGGCCGACCUGGAGAAAGAGGCAGCGAUGGAGGCAGAGCUCCGAGCUGCCAGAGAGAGAGCUAUAGUGCCCCUGGAGGCCAGGAUGACCCAGUUCAAAGAAAUGUUGUUGGAGAGAGGGGUGUCUGCAUUCUCAACGUGGGACAAAGAGCUUCAUAAGAUUGUGUUUGAUCCACGUUACCUUCUGCUCAAUCCAAAAGAAAGGAAACUGGUUUUCGACCAGUACGUGAAGACACGAGCAGAGGAGGAGAGGAAGGAAAAGAAGAACAAGCUGAUGCAGGCCAAAGACGAGUUCAGGAAGAUGAUGGAGGAGGCGAGGCUCACACCCAGAACAACAUUUAGUGAAUUUGCUUUGAAGCAUGGCAGAGAUCCACGAUUUAAGACCAUAGAGAAGAUGAAGGACAGGGAGGUCAUCUUCAUGGAGUUUAUCACUGCAGUGAGAAAAAGGGAGAAAGAAGACUCCAAAUCCAGAGGAGAGAAGGUAAAACAAGACUUUUUUGAUCUCCUAAGUGAUCAACACAUAGAAGGAAACCAACGAUGGAGCAAAGUAAAAGAGAGGCUAGAGACUGACCCACGAUACAAAGCUGUGGAGAGCUCUGCACUCAGAGAGGAACUUUUCAAACAGUUCAUUGAGAAACAAGCCAAGAGUCUGGACAUGGAUAAAGUGCGUGAGUUGGAGCGGCAGGCUCGUAUUGAGGCCAGUCUGAGAGAGAGGGAGCGCGAGGUGCAGAAGGCCCGAUCAGAACAGACCAAAGAAAUCGACCGAGAAAGGGAGCAGCACAAAAGGGAGGAGGCCAUCCAGCAUUUCAAGGCUCUUAUGUCUGAUAUGGUACGCUCUUCAGAUGCAACUUGGUCAGACACUCGCCGUAACUUACGGAAAGACCAUCGCUGGGAGUCGGCAUCGCUGCUGGAGAGGGAGGAGAAGGAGAAACUGUUUAACGAACAUGUAGAAGCACUGGCGAAGAAGAAAAAAGAACAUUUCCGACAACUGCUGGAUGAGACCGUCAUGAUCACUUUGACUACUACAUGGAAAGAAGUGAAGAAGGUCAUCAAGGAAGAUCCUCGCUGUAUUAAAUUCUCCUCCAGUGACAGAAAGAGGCAGCGGGAGUUUGAAGACUACAUCAAAGACAAAUACAUCACCGCCAAAGCUGACUUCAGGAAUCUGCUGAAAGAGACAAAGUUCAUCACUUACAGGUCAAGAAAGCUGAUCCAGGAGUCAGAACAACAUCUGAAAGAUGUGGAGAAAAUCCUCCAGAACGACAAGCGGUACCUGGUUCUGGAGUGUGUCCCCGAGGAGCGCAGGAAGCUCAUCAUGUUCUACAUCGAAGACUUGGACCGACGUGGCCCGCCGCCUCCACCCACUGCCUCUGAGCCGACCAGACGCUCUGCCAAGUGACCAAUUGCAUAACCCUCUCGGCCACUGCUCUGCUCCUCCUUGCCCUUCCUUUGGCCAGAGCAUGAUCUCCCCUCAGCAUCCCCGAACCCUGGCCUCGAGGCCUCAGGUGGCCUUGCAGUGUUAUUGACCGGGGUUAUAUUGCUAAAGAUAUGUCGGAGAUAAACGGUCUCUGCGUUAUGUCACCUCUUCACCCUGAAGUAGCCCUGCAUAUAAGGCGACGGCAGGGAACAGAGGUUACCUGAUGUCAAGGUGACUUGUAACCUCUCACCUCUGACUGACCACAUAAGAGGGAGAGAGAAAGUGUUGAGGCUGUUGACUGAGCAGCCACACAGGUGUAACAUAGCUGAUGUAAAUGAAGAUGAGUGCGUGCGUGUGUGCGUGCAUGUGUGUAUGUGCGAGUGAGGUGCACGCAUGUUUGAGUGUGUGCAUUUGUUUCAGGCGUCCUCAAGCCUUACUGCUCCACUGUGCCAGUCAUUGUUUUAGUGGCUCAGUGUGAAUGUUAGUUUCAGAUCAGUGGUUAACUUGCAGCAGUUUCUCUGUUGAAUCAAAUAAAGGCAACUUCCACUGUUUUUCA